AUCCAGCACGCGCACUGAUGCCGUAUGCAGAGAAGUUAGAAGAAAAUGAAAGUAAAAGCUGAUUCCACGUCGGGACUGCUUAAGAAUGGCGAAGACUUCAGUCCUUCGUCAAGUGUUUGCUUUGACUUUAGCUCUUUGCCUGGAUGCCUGCUUGGUGUACGCGAUCGUGGUGGCGCCACUGGAGCGCACGCACGCGACCUGCUCGCGUCUGGCGUCCACGUGGGCGUUCGCGCUGCUGAGGUGUCUGGCUCUCACCGCCGCCACGGCGGCCGCCCUCGGAGGCCUGCCGCCGGCACCGGCUCGCCUCCUCGUCGCGCACAGUGCGCUUCCGGCCGUGUUGGAGACCGGCACCGCCGCCCUGCGCCUGGACGACAACCAGUGCGGAGUGAUGGCGGACGCGCACUGCUGGCUGAUGUGCGCCGGAGCCUCGCUGGCCGCUAGCUUGUUUUGGGAAGUCGUCGUCCCGGACUCCGGUGGCGACAAAGAGAAGCGAAACAAGCCCAGAGUGUUGUUCAUGAGAGUGGUCCGCUUGUACAAGCCUGACUAUCCUGUGAUGCUUCCUGGCUUCCUGUUUCUCACCCUGGCUGUUGUCUGUCAGAUGUCCGUCCAGUUUUACACGGGGAAGAUCAUUGACAACCUGCGUGGUCAUGACCUGCCAAGUGAAUUCUUCUCAGCGCUGCUCCUCAUGGGCCUCUGCUCUCUGGGAAGCUCGGUGGGCACAGGCUGCAGAGGGGGACUCUUUACGUGGGCCAGGAGCUCCUUCACGUGCAGAGUGAACGGCAAGCUGUUUGAAGCUUUGACCAAACAGGAAGUUGCAUUUUUCGAGACCGUUAAGACGGGUGAAAUCACCUCCAGGCUGUCUCAGGACACCAGCCUGAUGGGGGAUACGGCGUGUCUCAACGUCAACGUCCUGCUGAGGAGCCUCAUCAAGAUGGUGGCCACCAUGGUCCUCAUGCUGCAACUGUCAUGGCAGCUGACAUUUUUAGUGUUGAUGGAGGUGCCCGUCACUGGCGUCAUACAGAACAUCUACAACACGCACGAGCAGCGGUUGAAGCUGGCCAUACAGGACUCCGUGGCUGUGGCCAGCGACGCGGCCAAUGAGAUCAUCUCGGGUAUUCGGACGGUGCGGAGCUUCAGUGCAGAGAAACACGAGGCCUGUCACUAUGACAACCGGCUGCUGGACACACACGCCCUCAAGACACGGCGGGACACCGUCAGGAUUGUGUACCUUCUCGUAAGGAGGUUGACAGAGUUGGCCACGCAGGUGCUGAUGUUGUGGUACGGCAGGUUGUUCAUCCAGAGGGGGCAGAUGAGCACAGGUGACCUGGUCUCCUUCAUCCUCUACCAGUCAGACCUCGGGGACAACAUCAGGGCACUGAUCUACAUCAGCUGCAACAUGCUGAACUCAGUGGCGGCCGCUGCUAAAGUGUUUGAGUAUCUGGAUCGAGAACCUCGGGUCAGCACCGAGGGGGAACUGGCACCCGAUCAGCUUCAGGGACAUGUGGUCUUCCGCCAUCUGAACUUCGUCUACCCGACGCGCCCCGACGUACCUGUGCUACAGGACUUCUCUUUGGAGCUGAAAGCGGGUCAGAUGACGGCGCUGGUGGGCCCAUCGGGAGAGGGAAAGAGCACCUGUGCCAGUUUGCUGAAGCGCUGGUACGAGCCGCUGGACGGCGAAAUCCUGUUGGACGGGGAGCCGCUGGGAUCCUACGACCACCGCUUCCUCAGCAAGAAGAUCGCCUUGGUCAGCCAGGAGCCGGUGCUCUUCUCUGGCACCGUCAGACGCAACAUCGCCUACGGGCUUGAUGACUGCUCGAUGGACGCCGUCCGGGACGCGGCUCGCCAGGCCGACGCCCACAACUUCAUCACGCAGCUGGAGAAAGGCUACGAUACAGAUGUGGGGGAGGGAGGCAGCUUGUUAUCCAAGAGCGAACGGCAGCGGAUCGCGAUUGCUCGAGCGCUGGUUCGGCGGCCACAGGUCCUCAUUGUGGAUGAAAUAACCAGCUCCCUGGAUGAGCACAGUGAAAACAAGGUCCUGCACGCCCUGGCGAGUCGCCCCAACCAAACCCUGCUGGUGAUCGCUCACAGACUCAAGACCAUCGAGAAGGCCCGUCAGAUCGCCGUGAUCGGCGGCGGCAAAGUUCAGGAGCGGGGAACGCACCGAGAACUGCUGGACAAGAAAGGGAGCUACUGCAAAGUGAGAGAGAAGCUCGCCACAGCGGGAAGCUACUGACGGGCUCCGUGUGCCGGACCAAAUAUUAUUACCGCUCAACUACACGGUAAUAACAUCCAGUACAAGGACGCCAUCAAUACUUCUGUCUUUAAGCUUCGACACAACGAUCAUAAAUGGAGAAAUAAAUACAUUCAUACAUAUACCACACUUGUUUUGUUAAAAGGAUGUACACAGGAAAUAUAUUCAUGAUAAAAAUAAAGACAUUUCAUGCUGAA